CUAUCGUGCACCCCCUACUGGUGUUGACUGGGAUCACACGCACUGUCACUAGUAGCAGAAAGCCAAGCAGCUGCCAACGCCCGGCGAAGUAAAUACCAGAUUCAGUGAGGAAGAGACAAAAGUAGAGCACAAAUAUGCAGACGAUUAAAUGUGUUGUGGUUGGAGAUGGAGCAGUGGGAAAAACCUGCCUUUUGAUUUCAUACACAACCAACAAGUUCCCCUCUGAAUAUGUACCAACAGUGUUUGAUAACUAUGCAGUAACUGUCAUGAUUGGCGGUGAGCCUUACACCCUAGGAUUAUUUGAUACUGCAGGUCAGGAGGAUUAUGACAGGUUAAGACCUUUGAGCUAUCCCCAGACGGAUGUUUUUCUAGUUUGUUUCUCUAGUGUUUCACCCUCUUCAUUUGAGAAUGUUAAAGAAAAGUGGGUACCUGAAAUCACUCACCACUGUCCCAAGACACCAUUCCUGCUCGUUGGAACUCAGAUUGAUCUGAGAGAUGACCCUUCCACUGUAGAGAAGCUGGCCAAGAACAAACAGAAGCCCAUCAGCCCUGAGAUGGCUGAGAAGCUCGCCCGCGACCUGAAGGCAGUCAAAUAUGUCGAGUGCUCUGCCCUGACACAGAAAGGACUAAAGAAUGUGUUUGAUGAGGCAAUACUGGCUGCCCUGGAGCCUCCGGAACCCAAGAAGAGGCGCAAAUGUGUGCUGCUCUGAGCAUUUCCUCUCCUAUUGUUUAGAGCAGGGGUGUCAAACUCAUUCCACGGAGGGCCUAGUGUCUGCAGGUUUUUGGUUUUUCCUUUCAAUAAAGCCCUAGACAACCAGGUGUGGGGAGUUCCUAACUAAUUAGUGAUGUUAAUUCAUCAAUCAAGUACAAGGGAGGAGCGAAAACCCGCAGACACUAGGCCCUCCGUGGAAUGAGUUUGACACCUGUGGUUUAGAGCAUUUCAACAACAUUACUUGGACAAAAGCAAACCAUUAUUGCACAAGAGCACUCCUAUUGGUAACUGAUACAAAUACUUUUCAAAUGUUUGCGAAGUAGUGUGUGUGUGUGGACUUAAUUGAGCUAGAUUGAUCUUUACUAGAACCUGUGAUAAUUAUCCUCUUAUAUUACAUUACAUUUAAGUAAUUUAGCAGACGCUCUUAUCCAGAGCGACUUACUUAAAUAAUAAACUUCUUUCCUAGAGCUAUCUCAGUAUUUUUAAGUUAAGACUGAAGCCACCAAUCUGUUUGUCCGAAGAGUUCAAGGGUCACAGACGCAAAGCUGAUGAUGGCGAUCAAUGACAACAGAACAAAACUCUUUCAUGUUGAAUAGUGUCAGGGCAGCAUUGCCAGACUGAUUUAUAAAGAAUUCACAUUUUUAGGUGUAUAUAAUAUCUUCAUGAACACCUGAUGUAAACAAAUCCCCCUUCAACUGGGAAAGUGAUGAUGGCUUCGGUAAGUUGGUAUUGAACAAUAUAUACAGUAUGUCAGGGCUGUAUAUUUUUUAUUUGAUCAAAUCCUUGUCUGUCACAUACUUUGUAAUUUUUGAACAUCUUGGCAUAGUUCUGUUAUAAUCUCCACCCGGCACAGCCAGAAGAGGACUGGCCACCCCUCAUAGCCUGGUUCCUCUCUAGGUUUCUUCCUAGGUUUUGGCCUUUCUAGGGAGUUUUUCCUAGCCACCGUGCUUCUACACCUGCAUUCUAGCUGUUUGGGGUUUUAGGCUGGGUUUCUGUACAGCACUUCGAGAUAUCUGAUGUACGAAGGGCUAUAUAAAAUAAAAUUGAUUGAAAAUUGA